AACUUCUGUUCUACUUAUUUUUGGCACAUAUAUAGAGAAAAAUCUCUCUUUUCUUAAGCUUUUCCUGAAGAUCUUUUGCAGGAAAAAUGGGUGGAAAUUCCCCCUGUGCUUCAUGCAAGCUGCUUCGACGCCGAUGUGCCAAGGAUUGCAUUUUUGCUCCUUAUUUUCCAUCUGAUGAUCCUCACAAAUUUUCCAUUGUUCACAAGGUUUUUGGUGCCAGCAAUGUCAGCAAGAUUUUGCAGGAACUCCCAUUACAACAAAGAGCGGACGCAGUGAGUAGUCUGGUAUACGAGGCGAACGCACGAGUUAGAGAUCCAGUGUACGGUUGCGUUGGCACCAUAUCUUACUUGCAAGACCAGGUUUCUCAGCUUCAAAUGCAGUUGGCUGCGGCUCAAGCAGAAAUACUUUGCAUUCAGAUGCAACAAGAACCAGCUCCAAUUACUACUAGUCCAGCACUGUUUGAGGGAGAUGACAAAUAUUCAUCCCUUUUCCUUCAUCAAAAUAAUCUUCCUCUGCUCCUUAGCUUUUCCUCUUCUAAUAAUGUAAUUCAUGACUCUUUCUCGAAAGAGCCCCCCUUGACUUGAUUUCUUAAUUAAAUCAGGAUAUAAUGGAAAUUUAG